ACGUACAAGUCAAUAAUAAUCUGGAAUUUUUUUGGAAAAAUCUUCGAAUUAGACUCUAUCCGUGCUGCGAUUCAGUUUUUGCACGAGGAUCGCCCAAAACGAUGUCAAAAUAAUAGUUUUAACGCAAAAUUCAUGAAUAUUCGUUAAAGUAGGCGAUUUUUUGAUGUAGAAUAGAUUUCGCGUCCUUCAAAAUCCUCGUAAAAAAGUUACAAAGUGUGCAAUGAAACUUGAAGCAAGUAAAGUGAGCUUAAAGCCCGACCCGGAUGACGAUUCGUCUUCGCAAACGACGAUAACUGCGUCCCCACAUUUGCCUAGUACGCUCUGUAUUCCCGCAAUGUUCACCGCGACGACAGCCACCAUCACUCCAACAACGUUGCGAAACAUCGAGCAGGCAUAUCUCGAGAUAAACAACACCGAGAACGAAUCAAUGCCAUUUCAAGCUGGUUUUGUACCACCGCCCGCAACUGCCGCCUCAUACCACAGCAGCAUGGGUGCCGCGAGCGAAAAUGAUUUUAGUAUAGAUUCUGCGGACUCGAUGAUUUCUGAUAGUUCGGACAAUGAAACGAGUCCUGUGCCACCAGUUGCUACAGAAAAGAGUGAUGCAACAACAAAGAAAGCAGGGAAAGGUGCGACAAAGAAGAACAAAGGAGGUCGGAGACCAAAUAAAGCUAGCAAUUUGUCGCCGGAAGAAGAGGAAAAGCGUCGUGUUCGUCGUGAACGCAAUAAAAUGGCAGCAGCUCGUUGUCGUCGUAGACGAGAAGAUCGCACUAAAGAGCUCGAACAGGAAACGGAACAACUGGAAACGAAGAAACGAGCUUUGCAAACGGAAGUGGAAGAGUUACAAAGCGAAAAGGCCGACUUGGAGUAUCUCUUGGAGACGCACAAAAACUCGUGCAAGAAAAUUGCGCUACAAGAAAAUUCCCUUCUGAACGUAAAACCUGAUCCGGAUGUUGCUAAUACGCUUUUGUUGCUGGCGAAUCGCAUCAAAUCCGAGCCCGUCGAAGUUGUCAACAAUCCAGUAGUGCAAGACCCGGAAAUAAGCGACAAUGAUGACAGUACCGUCGAUGACGAUAGCGACCGAACACAAUCACCCAAACGAAAAAUCCUCCUUACCUCAGCGGCCAUAGACCCUCUCCCGACAAUUGCGAAGCAAGAUGCGAUGAUUAGUGUUAGUGUGCCAAAAAUUAACCGUCCCAAUCGUCCAAACACCCUUAACGUACCUCUUUUUGGCACGAACAGCAGUGGCGCAAACUCGUCAUCGUCGCAAGCACUCAAUAGCAUCCCCAUUCAAACGCCAUCCAAUGGCAUCUUCAACUUUGAUAGCUUAAUGGAGGGUGGCACUGGAUUAACGCCCGUGCAACCCAAAAUUAUGGGUGACAAGACGCCACUUGAUCUAAUUACACCAACGAGUGAGGCCACGAAACUCAUUUGAAAAAACAAACGACAUUCCAGGAAAAGAAAAAAAAAUUAAAUCAGGACAAGCUCAAAAAUAUUUUUUAAACUAGUCAGUCCAUCUACUUGAUACAAAACAAAAAAAUUGCACAAAAAAUGGAAAACACAGCAAUUAGAAAUAUAAUUUUCUACUUUUUACAUUAAUUAGCAGGCCAUUCUAAUUUAUAAUUAUGGAGAAAGAUAAGAAGAGAGAUGCCUUGGUUGUUAUCUUUUUAUCUCCAGAGCUUUUUAACAUGUUUUUAUCUUUCGUAGAGUAAUUACGAAAUGAAAUUUUAUUG